AUGUUUAGACAUUUAUUAAGGACUAUGGCAAAGUCGAAAGUGGUUUCGACUAGAUUUAACGGUAAAUUAUUAAGUUUAGGCAAUUACAGAAGUAUUGUGCCUUUAUCAACGACUCGACUUCACUUGCAAGAAGAUAAGAUAAAAGUAACAUUUGUAAUGCCAGAUGGACGGAGUCUGGAGGCUGAUGGUAAAGUUGGCGACAGUCUUCUUGAUGUAGUGGUGAACAAUGACCUUGAUAUUGAUGGCUAUGGAGCAUGUGAGGGAACUGUGACUUGCUCAACAUGUCAUGUUGUGCUUAAGCAAGAAGAUUAUGACAAGCUACCAGACGAUGCUUGUGAUGAGGAACGUGACAUGCUUGAUUUGGCCUAUGGACUCACAGACACUUCAAGACUUGGCUGCCAGAUCACCUUAACUAAAGAUUUGGACGGUUUGGUAGUCAAAGUCCCUGCAGGAACAUAUGAUGCACGCAGUUGA